AUGAUGACAGAUUUUACAGCAGAUCAUACGUGGUUACAACUGCAGCACGAACUAAGCUUGCGGAAACUAAUAGAGGGUUCAGAGUAUCAAGGGGAACUGAAGUAUGACUUCAAUAUAAAAGGGGAGCUGCGGCAUCUGGAUACAAAUGAGUCCUUUGUUUUCAAUUAUUACAAGAAUGCACAUGAGCAGAAUCAUAAACGCUAUCAAGUUUUGGGACAUUUGAUUACCAAAUAUGUUUAUGAGCUCCUGGAAAGACUCUGCAUGCUGCAGAAAGUUUACAUUCCUACUGAUGCUACAGAGGAUGAACCAAGAAGUUUCUUUUUCAUGAGCGAGAACGCACUAACAACUUCCUCUAGCCUAACUGUCCUUCUUCAAGACCAUGGAGUUUUCCGUGCUGGACAGUGGGGGCAAAGGACGAUUGUCAGUGAGGGCCUGGAGCACGGAACACAAAUACCAUUCAUCAAAAGGGCCCUUCAAAGCCACGGGGGAGUGAUUGUGCUGAAUCCCAAUGACAACUUCGUUGAUCCGAAGACCGAAAAGGAGAGGUUAAGCUUUUCUACCAGGGAGGAAUCACUGAGGCAGUCCAUGUGGUGUAUCCCCAAGAGGGGCAGCAGCAGCCCUGAGGAGCAUACCCUGUAUGUAUGGGAUCAUUUCAUUUCAAAGAGCGCAGCCAAGGAUGUGGCCUUCAUUGCCCACGGCUACGGUGGCUUGGUGUUUGUUGAUCUGCUGGUGCAGAGAAAAUGGGAGGUCAUGAAUAAAGUGUACUCUGUGGCAUUCAUCGAUUCCAGGCACAACACGCAGCACCAGGCUAGAAGCGAUCCACAAACACAAGCAUGGAUACAGCAAUACUGCCGUGAAUGGGUGUUGAACAGUAAGCCUCUAGACAAAGCGGUAGGUUCUCUCGUGAAAGUGAACUGUCCUACUGUCUCUGCUGGAACGGAAAAGUACGGUUUAGCACCCUCCUGCUGCUUACCUGCUGUCUUUAAGUACCUGAAGAGCGCACUGAAAGCCAAGACCACGCCAGCCUUUAGGCAUUCACCUGUUGCAACCAGAAGCAGCACAAGUAAGAAGAGAGGCAAUAAAUAA